AUGUAUAGCAUAGUCCACACCCGCGGUCCUGCUGAUAUUCCCUGGUACAACCACCACGCGGCCGAACGACCGCUGUUGUCGGGCGAUAAGCUCCCCGCUCUCAGCUUGCCGACGGCUCCCCAAGGCCCAUCCCGUGGUUAUCAAGACGCCAGCGUGAGCGGCAGCGCUCGUACCAGUCUGUCCGAGGCUUCGGCCGUCCACGAUCCCCGAAGUCCACCCGCCGAUCUUGCUACACAGGGUCGCCUUUCGCUGGAUUCGGAGUAUUCCAUCGUGCCCAACGAGGCCUACUACCCCAGCCCGACCUCGCUCGGCAGCAUGAACCAGGCCCCACCCUACAUGGACGUUCAUGCCCAUAUGUCUUCCGCUCAAUCAUAUCAGUCACAGGCCGCCACCGCGGGCGGCAUGUCGCAUUAUCCUUAUCACCAACAACCACCGGUCCUGCAACCCGUCUCCAGUUAUGGUCCGUCGUACCCGCAGUACGGUUAUGCCAAUGGGGUUACUUCACCGCCCACCGGCCAUCCCCCACCAGCAAGCUCGAUGGGCGGACAAAUGGCGCCACAGAUUUUGCCUUUACCAGGUGUGAACAACCACCAGGUACCCGGAGGAUACGGCAAUAGCACCGGUGCACCAUUGCAGGGCUAUGUGUAUGAUUCCACUGGCCAAGUCGCUCCCCCGGGAGCGAAGCCACGCGUCACCGCGACCCUUUGGGAAGAUGAGGGUAGUCUUUGUUACCAGGUGGAGGCGAAAGGUGUCUGUGUUGCGCGGCGAGAGGACAAUCACAUGAUCAACGGCACCAAACUAUUGAACGUAGCGGGUAUGACUCGUGGUCGUCGCGAUGGAAUCCUCAAAAGUGAGAAGUUGCGCCACGUGGUGAAGAUUGGUCCCAUGCAUUUGAAGGGUGUCUGGAUUCCAUUUGAGCGAGCGUUGGAAUUCGCCAACAAGGAGAAGAUCACUGAUCUUUUGUACCCAUUGUUUGUCCACAACAUCGGUGGCCUGCUGUAUCACCCAGCAAACCAGAAUCGGACGAACAUGGUCGUGCAAGAAUCCCAGCGACAAAGAAUGGAGGGUCCUCCUGCUCCUCAGCGGACCCCAACAGCGCCGCAAUCCUCGACCUUGCAUCACCAUGCGAUGCAGACCCCCAUGUCUGCCCAAAUGUCACAACCGUCCUCGAUGGGCCGUCCCGGGAUGGAUCGAUCCUUCCCCACCCCCCCAGCCAGCGCAUCCAGCUUGAUGGGUGUGACCAACCAGGGAAGUUCAUACGAAUGGGGUGGGCAGCCAAUGAAUUCGGGAGUGCCGCACACUCAACCACUUUCAAUUGACACUACACUGAGCCACCAGCAGCGCUCGUUGCCCACCACCCCGGCUACCACUCCCCCGGGCAACAACAUGCACGCUAUGCCACCCUACCAGGGACAGUCUGGCUAUGACAGUUCCAAGCCCUACUACUCCGCUCCGCCUCAGUCUCACCCCCAGUACGCUCCGCACACACCGAUGACCCAGUCUGGUAUGCCCCAGUACUCGCAAUCACUCCCGGCCGUCAAUUAUUUGAAGAGUGAAAUGGCCCCCCCAACUGGUCGCGCUCCAGGCGCCCCGGAGACGGAAAACCCGGAGCUGAAGACUGAGCGCUAUUCGCAGAGCAAUGGUCCCGAGGAAUCAGUUCCGUCCCACGAGCCGGAAUACCUGCAGGACCAGGGGUCCGCCUACAAUACCAACCGCGGAUCGUACACGUACUCUACCAACCCGUCGGUUGGAUCUCUUACCGGAGAGCACUCGCAACUGACUCCUGAGAUGACCGGGUCGCCACAGCAGAACGGUUCGGGCCGCAUGACCCCACGCACUAGCGUGAGCGGACCUCCGCCGCACUGGACUUCCGGUGACACCCGUGGUACCCCUGCAAAUGGUGUCUCUGAUCCUUACUCAAUGAGCUCCAUGAACGGACCUCUUGGAGGAUCAGGCGGCAAGCGGAUGCGUGAGGACGAUGAGGUGGCCCGCCCCGAGAGUGGUGAUGGGUAUGAAACCAAGCGUCGCAAGACUAUUACCGAUACUACUCUAGGUGGUCCCGUCGGUGGUGCCCCGAUCUUGCAGCCCAUGAAGACUGCUGUGAUGGCCGGACGUCGCCGCUAA